CUCUCUUCUACUGCCGACCCUACGCUCUCAGAAUCACUCUGUACCCACAACCGCCAUUUUGGAGGCAGAGAGCGCAGAGUUGGCAGCAGCAGAGAUCGAACGAAAAGGGGGACACGGGGCCCAAGUAAGUGUCUGUGCCCUAUAUGGACCGUCGUGCAUCUCUAUGGCCUCUCAGCAAGAUGAGACAGACCCCACAGCCUGCCCAAAGCUGGCCAAGCCAGUUCACAUGCAGUACCUGGAGCGGUCACUGAGAUUGGAUUCCUUCUUGCAGCAAACAGCCAAUACGUUUAAUGGAGACAUUUCCAGUGAGGACAGUGAUGACUCUUUGGCGGAGGGGCCCUCUCUUUUGGCCUCAAACCCACACGCUCCUCUCCAGGCAAUCAAAGAAAAGCCUGCAGACCUCACAGAGUGUGGGAGAAGGACCAGGUUGACAGAAAGCAGCCCAAUGAAUGGAGCUGUGCUGUUAGAGCAAAAUAAAGGAAGUUUGUACAAUUUUUCCAAGCUGAAGAAGAGCAGAAAGUGGUUGAAGGGCAUUCUCUUAGGAGACGAUUCUGAUUCAGAGUCUGACUUGAGUGAUUCAGACUUCUCUAUGUCCCAUGAAGAGCUACAAGACAUGCUGCGGCUCCACAAACUCACCAAACUCCAUCAGAGCAGGUUUCAUUCAGACCGUGAGCUGCAGCAAUAUCAGUAUUACAGUACAGGUCUUCUCUCCUCCCAUGACCCCUUCUAUGAACAACAGCGACAACUUUAUGGGCCAAAGAAGAAGAAGUUCAAGGAGGAAAAGAAAUCAAAACUGAAAAAGGUAAAGAAGAAGAAGAAAAGGGGAGAUGACUUCUGUGCAGAGGGACGGCCAUAUGUCACCAAAAUCUUUGCCAAGUUUACUCAUGAUAUUCCUCUUCCCUUGUCUAAGAAGAAGCACUUAACCAUUGAGCAACUAAAUGCAAGGAGACGAAAAGUCUGGCUUACCAUUGCAAAAAAAGAGAACCCAAAGGCAUUUAAACAGAAAGCAUCAGCGAAAAACUUUGUUCUGUCUAAUGCCAAAAAGUUGGCACACCAGUGCAUGCGUGAGGUACGUCGCGCUGCUAUCCAGGCCCAAAAGAACUGCAAAGAGACUCUGCCACGUGCCCGUCGGCUCACCAAGGAAAUGUUGCUCUACUGGAAGAAAUAUGAGAAGGUUGAGAAGGAGCACCGCAAGCGUGCCGAGAAAGAAGCUCUUGAGCAGCGCAGACUUGAUGAGGAGAUGAAAGAGGCAAAGAGACAGCAGAGAAAGCUGAACUUCCUCAUCACACAGACAGAGCUAUAUGCUCACUUUAUUGGUAGCAAACAGAACCUGGCAGGAGGGCACAGCACCCAAGAUGAGAUCCUGAAGAAACUGGAGGACAAGACUUCCCAGAGGCAAAUUGAUAUUGGUGGAGGGGUCAUUGUGAACAUGGGCCAGGAAGAUUAUGACUGUGAAUACUACAAGGCACAGGCUCUGAGAAAUGCCAAAGAGGCCUAUCAGAUCCACCAGACCAGGACCAGAUUAUUUGAUGAGGAGGCAAAGGACAGUCGUUCUGCAUCUCUCCAUGUGGCCAGUAUAUCUGGUUCAGGAUUUGGAGAAAGCUAUAGCUUGGCCAACCCAUCGAUUCGUGCAGAGGAAGACAUUCCGCAGCCCACUAUUUUUAAUGGAAAGCUGAAGGGUUAUCAGCUGAAAGGCAUGAAUUGGCUAGCUAACCUUUAUGAGCAGGGCAUCAAUGGCAUUCUUGCAGAUGAGAUGGGUUUAGGCAAAACAGUCCAGAGCAUUGCUCUGCUGGCUCACCUUGCAGAGCGUGACAACAUUUGGGGACCAUUCCUCAUAAUUUCACCUGCCUCAACUCUCAAUAAUUGGCACCAGGAAUUCUCUCGUUUUGUGCCUAAAUUCAAGGUUUUGCCAUACUGGGGUAAUCCUCAUGACAGAAAAGUCAUCAGGAAGUUCUGGAGCCAGAAAACUCUGUACACCCAGGACGCCCCCUUCCACGUUGUCAUUACAAGCUACCAACUUGUGGUACAAGAUGUCAAGUAUUUCCAGCGGGUGAAGUGGCAGUACAUGGUUCUGGAUGAGGCCCAGGCCUUAAAGAGUAGCACAAGUGUAAGAUGGAAGAUACUUUUACAGUUCCAGUGCAGAAAUAGACUUUUACUCACAGGAACUCCCAUUCAGAACACAAUGGCUGAGCUCUGGGCCCUUCUUCAUUUCAUCAUGCCCACUUUGUUUGACUCGCAUGAGGAAUUCAAUGAGUGGUUCUCAAAAGACAUCGAAAGCCACGCAGAGAAUAAGUCUGCCAUCGAUGAGAACCAGCUCUCCAGACUUCACAUGAUCCUUAAACCAUUCAUGCUCCGACGAAUCAAGAAGGAUGUGGAAAACGAGUUGUCGGAUAAGAUUGAGAUCCUGACAUAUUGCCAACUAACCAGUAGACAGCGUCUCCUGUACCAAGCUCUCAAGAAUAAGAUCUCCAUAGAAGACCUGCUGCAGUCAUCUAUGGGAUCCUCUCAGCAGUCUCAUAGCACUACUAGCAGCCUCAUGAAUCUUGUCAUGCAGUUCAGGAAGGUGUGUAAUCAUCCAGACCUGUUUGAGAGGCAAGAGACUCGUUCACCUUUUCACAUGACUCUCAAACCUUUCCGAAUUUCUAAGUUCAUGUACCGACAAGGCCUUCUACAUACAACAAACCAGAACAGGAUUAAGUUGCUUCAGGUUUUGCUCUCUCCAUUCUCUCCACAUUACAUUCAACAGUCCCUGUUUCACAGAAAUAGUGACGAUGAGCGAAGUUGCUUUUCGUUCCUACGCUUCAUCGAUGUCUCCCCAUCUGAGAUGUCCAACAUCAUGCUGCAGGGCAGUCUAAUUCGAUGGUUAGCGAUCGCUCUGUCCCAGAAGGACUCCUACCGGCUCUACAUGCGACGACUGUGGGCCAUGGAGAACCAGGAUCAGAAUGAGAAGCUAAAUACAAAAGAUAUGAUUCUGUGGCUCAACACACCAACCUCUUUCCCAAGCACACAUUAUAGUCCUGUCCUUCAGGAUUUGGUGUUCACCAGGCAUCAGCAAGGGUUGUUGACACCUGUGGAUGUACCUGGCCUUUGGAAACUUUCUUCAACUCCUGCUCUAAGACCAUGCCAGCCCUAUGAAUUACCCAAAUUCCUCCUCGCUGUUGUGCCAAGGGUGACAGCACCUCCAAUGGAGCGCUACUGUGAUGACCGCAGUGCUGAGUAUGAAGGGCGUCUAAUGCGGGCUGGAAGUUGCCAAGCUGCUAAGCAGUGCAUUCUGUAUGGAUCACCAGAGCUAGCCUCAGCCUGGGCUUCUCGAUCCCAGGUCUUCCACACAGAAUAUCUUGGUGGAGUGAUGGCACAAUACCCCAGACAUGGAUGGUCUUUCAUUAGGAUACCAGACAAAGAGACUCUAAUUACGCACAGUGGGAAGUUACAUACCUUGGAUAAGUUGCUCAGCAUGCUGAAGUCUCAAGGACAUCGCAUUCUCAUCUACUCUCAGAUGACUCGAAUGAUUGACUUGCUGGAGGAGUAUAUGGUUUACCGCAAGCACACAUACAUGCGUCUGGAUGGUUCAUCCAAGAUUUCAGAACGACGGGAUAUGGUUGCUGACUUUCAGAGCAGGACGGAUAUUUUUGUCUUUCUCCUUAGCACAAGAGCAGGAGGUCUAGGCAUUAACCUCACAGCAGCUGAUACAGUUAUAUUUUACGAUAGUGACUGGAAUCCUACUGUGGACCAACAGGCUAUGGACCGGGCUCACCGGCUUGGUCAGACUAAGCAGGUCACUGUAUAUCGCCUUAUUUGCAAGGGCACCAUUGAGGAGCGCAUCUUACAGAGAGCCAAAGAGAAGAGUGAGAUCCAGAGAAUGGUGAUAUCUGGAGGAAACUUCAAGCCAGAUACACUUAAGCCUAAAGAGGUGGUCAGUCUGCUUCUGGAUGAUGAGGAGCUGGAAAAAAAGUUGCGCCUGAGGCAAGAAGAGAAGAGACAGCAGGAAGAGAGCAGUAAAGUAAAAGACCGCAAAAGGAAACGGGAAAAGUAUGCUGAGAGGAGGAAAAAGGAAGAUGAGGUGGAUGUCAAACGGAGAAAGGAAGGAGUGAACCUCGUUAUCCCCUGCGCUCCCUCAGCAGACAAUUCCAAUUUAUCAGCAGAUGGAGAUGACUCCUUCAUGAGCUUGGAUAUGGACUCAGCAAUGCCUAGCCCUUUUAGCGAGAUCUCGUUGAGCAGUGAGUUGCAGCCGGGCUCCAUUGCUCCAGAUGAGAGCAGCAACGAUAUGCUGGUGAUUGUGGAUGAACCAGUGUCCUCUGCACCACAGUCCCGUGCCACAAAUUCGCCUGCCUCAGUCACUGGCACAGAUAACAUAAACGGAGUUUCAUCUCAGGAGAUGUCCAAUCCAGGCAAGGGGAAAGGUGGCCGGAGUCGUGGGCGGCCAAAAGGGUCAGGGGGGGUGGGGAAAUCCUCUGUGAAAGGCCGAGGACGCAAAUCAACAGCUGGCAGUGCAGCAGCAAUGGCAGGUGCUAUGGCAGGAGCAGCAGCGGCUUCAGCAGCUGCAUAUGCUGCAUAUGGGUUUAGUGUUUCCAAAGGUGUUACCUCAUCAGGCCCUCUACAGCCCUCAUUGACCAGGACUUCAGCCAUGCCAUGCACUGCUACAAGUAAUGCCUCCUCUGCUGUUACCAAGACUGGCACAAUUUCUCUUGGCCCACAGCAUGUAUCACACAGUAGCUCCCAUAUCCAUCACAACUCUGCCAAGAAAGAUGUCUAUAUCGGAAAGUUGACUCAUCUGUUCUUGGAAAAAUUGUUAAGAGAUUAUCAAAAACCAGAUUCACUCUUCUCAGCAAAGCUUGUCCACUUGGGUGGGUGGACCCAAAACACCAGCUCAACUCUGAGGGCUAUAUUUAGUAUCACAACACCGCUGCUUAUAUUUCUCUAUUCGUGUAAAAUAUUCAAAAUGUUCAGAUAUGCAUGCAAUGCAGGACCAAUCAGGACUCAAAGAAAGAGAAUCAAUGCAGAGCAAUUUGGCAUAAGAAAUGCACUACUCAAAACAUUACGUUUUUAUAGAACAUGUUGAAUAUUUGGUUGAUGUAAAAUGAACACCAGCUCAAAAUGUUUUAGAAAAGGGCUUGGUUGUAAUAUGACCAUAAAAACAGUUUUAAGGUGUCCCUAUAAUAGGUCUGUUGUUUCUUUUCCUCAGCCAUUUAAAUAUUUAUCCUUCUUUAAAUGAUCACUUACGAACUCUGGUGCAUCUGUAACUUAUAUUUCUUCCUGUUUCAAUUCCUUUUUCCAGUUCAUGUUUCAUUUAAACUUAUUUUAACUGAACUUUUGUCAGGUGUAUUAAAAAUGGAAUGUCCUGUCUGUCUUCCCCAUACAUUUCCUGAAUCAAUGCAUUCAAUGAUACUCAUUAAAGCCCUGAAAAAGAAGACUGAUCAGGAAAGACUGCUUUUACAGCCCUUCAUUGUGAAGAUCAAAUGUGUUGUGAUACCAGCAUCAAAUAUUUAAGUACUAAACAACUGUUUCUGCAAAUCCAGAAUUAAAAUAAUUUUAUAGGAUUAAAACAAAUGCAGGAAAAAUGUUAAUAGCUGCUUGAUCAGUUAUUUAACUGAUUGUAAUAACUUAACUUGAUGUACAAUGUAUGAUAUGUUUAUUGUUAAAUUAUGAAUAUAAUUGCAUUGAAACCAUGUUA